AUGAAUUUCACAUACACAUAUAAACUCAUGCCACAUCGGCCGUUGCGUGGUGCCAUCAGCCGGGUCGCCUUACUUGCUGCGUACAGCAGGGCGGGAUGGGGACCGCGUGAUCCUCACUGUGCCUACUACACUACAAGAUAUGGCUGCCAACUGAUGUCAAUGGCGUUCUUGUUGUCAGUUUCUAUUCAGAUUUCCUGA